UACGUUCUCUCAAAGGAUUUCAACAGUGUUCACCAUGAAGAGCGGACUGCCUCUGCUUCUCCUCUUCAUCACCUUCCCUCUGAUCAGCGCGUCGCCGUACCAGUACGACAUAUUUCAGGGAAACGCAUAUGCUGGACCCGACACGCGACAGAGAAACAAGAACUGGUGCGCCUACGUUGUGCACAAGAACGUGAGCUGCGCCGUGGUGGGAGGCACGGAGAGUUUCCCGCAGCCGGAGCUUCUACCCUGUCCGCUGGAGAGGCCGAACUGUGCGCAACAAGUCAUAUAUAGAACGCACUUCAGGCCCACGUACAAGCUUGCCUACAAGACUGUGACGGAGCUGGAGUGGAGGUGCUGCCCAGGCUAUCAGGGCAACGACUGCAGGGAGGUGAAAGACGGUAUGCUUCAACAAGUCGCCCGUCUGCCUCAUUCUCCCUCCACCUCCAGACAGUUUCCCAUUCCACAAGGUUCAGACCAGCAAACACAAGGUCAUAGAAACCACCCCCGGGGAGGGGAGGGACAGUUCAGAGGUCACACAGGUCACAGACCACUCGAGGGUCUCGGAGGAUCUCAGAAUGCACAACACCUGGAGGAGGAGGUGCAGCGGCUGUCCCAGAUGGUUCUCGACAUGCAGGCAAGAAUGACGGACAUGUCGUCCAACCUGAGGCUGGACUUCCAGGAGGACGCCAGUAAGAUGCUGGUCUCGCUGCUCAGUGAGCACAAGCCGCCCGCCAGCGCUCAGGCGGCGGAGGCCCAAACCGCCCAGGUGCAGAGUUUCUCGUUGGACCAUGGCUCAGCGUCAGUGGAUGAUUUCAUGAACAAAAUCAACCAGGUCACGUAUGACUUGGAGUCCAAAAGCAAUGCCCUGGAUGACCUGCUGGAGCGUGUCAACCACCAGGAUGAAAAGAUCCGUUUGUUAAUGGAGGCAGAUCAGACUCCGCUCUCCUCUCCACCCUCAGUGACUCCAGCAGGCGAUGCAGACCUGCGCGCCUACCUGGACGAGAAAAUCCGCGCUCUGAGAGAGGAGCUGAUGGAGGGCAUUGAGAUCAAAAUGGCAGAUUUGAAGAAUUCCUGUGAUUAUAAGAUCCUGUCCGUUCAGGAACAGUGUGAAGGACAGGAGGUCAACUAUCUCAGUUUGGCUGAGCUCAUGGACUCAAAGGAGACUGACCUCCGAAAGGAGAUCCAGGACCUGGAGGCCAAACUGACUAAUGCGUCAAAAGAGGAUACCAGACUGCUGGGCUCCGUUCUGGCUCGUGUGGCGAACAUUGAAAGUUGUCACAACUCUUCUGAAAAGACAUCGGUGGCCCAGUGCCUUUCCAUCGAGGAGAAGCUGCGGAAAGAAAGAGCGGAAGCUCUCAAAGACCUGAGGAAGACCCUGGAGGACAGCCUGAGCUCCACAGAGGACAGGCUCACAACCCUGUUGGUAGACACAAGCUCCAACUCUCCGUCUGGUGGUUAUCCAGAGAGACCAGAUGGUCUACAGAAGGACUUCGACUCUCUGAAACGCUCCGUUCAAACCCAGGAGGAACGACUGGGUGCGUUGGACCAUUUGUGCCCGAAAGACUGCAGAGCAAAGGUAGAAGCAGUGGAGGCUGCCUUAACAGCCCACAUAAAUAACACUCGAGCGGUAGAUGGGAAACCCAAUCUCAGUGACGAGAUCAGCUUCCUUAAAGGCCGUGUAGGAAGACUGGAGGACUCUCAAGCACCUGACACACUGACGAGUCUUAACUCAACAUCGGGUGGAGUUAAAAUAGAAACCGAAGGGGAGGUUAAAGACCUUCUGGAGCUCUACAGAAGACAACAGGAGGACCUGAGACAUCAGCUAAACCAGCUGGGCAGGGAGGUGAAGGCCAACGUCGACCACUGCAAAGAGAAAACACAGGAUGUCGGGGACAACAUUUCCAACAUGGACGGCCGCAUUGCCAGCGUGGAGACUCUGUGCAGCAAGCUGGAUCCGAUCUCGAGCAGCCUCCAGAGGAUCAAAGAGGGGCUGAACAAGCACGUGACUGCAUUGUGGACCUGCGUGAACCACCUGAAUGGCACAGUUAAAGCUCACGGCCAGGAUAUUGGCGGACUGAGGGGAACGUCUCAGACCCUCCAGAACGCCGUUUCAAACAUUGCCAGAGACCUCGAGGCGCUAACGAACAACUCUCCUGGUCAUGGAGGUGCUCAGGUUAGAGCCGGGGACGCGAGGCAGAGCCCCGCAGUGCCGCUCGGCCCCGGGGCCGCGCCGCUCCCAGCAGACCUUCCCGUGAUGGAGGCCGGAGAGGCCGGCCCCCCCGGGAAGAGGACCACCUCCAAGCUGCCUCGGGGGACUGACGGCAGCAUCAUGCCCGUUCAAGGAUUCGCCGGAGCUCCUGCUUCCCCACACAAAUCCUCCGACCCCACAAAGCCCAGCAUGCCCGUCAUCUUGGAUAUGAACGUCCCCCACAGGCCGCCGCCGCCGCAGAAGCCUGCCGUGCCUUCAGGUGAGAAGGUGUCGUUCUCGGCUGGUCUGACUCUCCCGCCGUUUGAAGGAGAAGUGGGAAUCGUUCGAUUCGACAGAGUGCUGAUCAACGACGGAGGACAUUAUGACCCUCGCACAGGUAUUUUCACGGCUCCGUCCGACGGGCGCUACCUGGUGACGGCCGUGCUCGCGGCCCAGCGGGGGGAGAACGUGGAGGCGGUCCUGUCGGUGUCCAACCGCAGCAUCCAGAGGCUGACCUCCGGAGGAGGCCUCCCGUCCGGAGGCGCGGAGCGCUGCAGCUGCGGCUCCUCCGCCUCGCUGAGCCUGGUGGUCGCGCUGAGGCGGGGGGACCGGGCGGGGCUCGUCGUGACCGCCGGGAAGCUCGCCGUCUCCGCCUCGCCCGAGAUCCUGUCGUCGUUCAGCAUCGUGCUCCUUUACCCCAGCCCGGCCAAACGGUAGCUUCCUUCACUUAAGAGACACUCGCUGAGUAAGAGGACUUUCAGAGACGUUACUGGUGAGAAAUGAACGGUAUGUCAUAAGAAGAAAUAACUAUCCUGAGUACUAAUAUAUAGUUUAUUUCAAUUUUUUUUGACUAUUCCCCCUUUUCUAAUUUCAAAUAUUUGAUUAUUCAAGUACAUGUGCCACAAAAAAACAACCUAAUGACACACACAACCACACACAGCUUGGAUUGCGUGAUCUUUUUAUUGAAACAUUCAUCUUUUUUCAACUCUAUCAAUACAAUGCUUCCCAUACAUGAUGACACAAAUGUGCACUGUAUAUAUACAGUGGAUCUACAGCUUAAGUAUUCAUCAAAACUGUCUGAAAAAGCAAUCCUUUGUGCUUAUAUCGUUGCGUCUUUAAAGUGGAUCACAACAGUUUGAAGGAA